GCCCUGGAGGACAUGGGCGACAAGCCCCCCGGGUUCCGGGGCUCCCAGAGCUGGAUCGGUUGUGUAGAAGCCAGUCUCUGCCUCGACCACUUCGGAGGGCCCCAGGGGCGCCUAUGUCACAUACCCCGUGGAGCAGGGCUUCAGGGGGAACUGGAGAGGCUUUACUCCCACUUCGCAGGGGGCGGGGGGCCUGUAAUGGUUGGGGGGGAUGCGGACGCCCAGUCCAAGGCCUUGCUGGGGGUUUGCCUGGGAUCAGGCACGGAAGCCUAUGUUCUGAUACUGGACCCUCACUUCUGGGGUGCCGCGAAAAACCCUAGUGAACUACAGGCUGCUGGGUGGGUGGGAUGGAGAGAGGUGGGCACAGCCUUUGACCACAACUCCUUCUACAACCUGUGUUUGACCAGCCGCAACUCCCAAAAGCAGCAGCACGCGCUGGACUGAGGCUAAGGUCCCAGAACUGAGAGGUCUCUGGCCCCAAACACAGUCACCUACCCCCUUUCUUAAACGUAAAAGCUACCCUGGGCCUUUGAAGUCCAUAAAAUGGAUGGCCUGAGCCCAUCUUGGGGGUGGGGGGGGAGAAUUUGGGGUGGUAUGUAAUAAACAGUCAGUCACUA